AUCGUGCUGCAGAAAAUGUACGGGAGGAUCACAUCUCCUGACUUUCCAAAUACCUACCCCAAUCACAAGGAGAGAAUCUGGAAUAUUACUGUCCCCAAGGGAUAUUCCAUCCGCAUCUACUUCACCCACUUCAACCUGGAGCUGUCCUACCUGUGUGAAUACGAUUAUGUGAAGCUGAGCUCUGGUGGGAAGACCUUGGCUACACUAUGUGGAAAGGACAGCACAGACACCGAGGAGGCUCCGGGCAACAAGACAUACCUCUCCACUGACAACACCCUCACGGUGAUGUUUCGGUCCGACUACUCCAAUGAGAAGCCAUUCACAGGCUUUGAGGCCUUCUAUGCUGCUGAAGAUGUCGAUGAGUGCAAAGAGCUGUUUGAUGGUGAACCCCUCUGCAAUCAUCACUGUCACAACUACGUGGGGGGCUACUAUUGCAGCUGUCGGAUCGGCUACACGCUGCAUGAAAACAAGAGGACGUGCACAGCCCCGUGUCAGAACCACUUUUUUACUGAAAGAACCGGAGAGAUCUCCAGCCCUGACUAUCCGGCACCUUAUCCCCCACUCAGCACCUGCAGCUACAACAUCCAGGUAGAAGAUGGCUUCCUGAUCACACUGGAAUUUGUGGAGACCUUUGAUGUGGAGACACACCCAGAGGUGUUGUGCCCCUAUGAUGUCCUUAAGAUUAAAACACCCAAAAAGCAAUUUGGCCCAUUCUGUGGGAAGACUUUGCCUGCAAAAAUUGAGACACAAACUAGUGCUGUGAAUGUUACUUUCAUAACUGAUGUCUCGGGAGCACACACUGGAUGGAAGAUGAAGUACAUGGCAGCAGGUUUGCCAUGCCCCAGUCCUGAAGCACCACCUCAUGGUCACAUAGCACCAGUGCAAGCGCAGUACACUCAGGGCGACCGCUACGCUCUCUCUUGUGACAUCGGAUAUGUGCUGCUUGAAAAUGAAAAUGUUGUGAUGUCUUUUAUAGCGGAAUGCCAAAAGAAUGCUUCUUGGAACAAACCAAUGGCAAAGUGCAUUAUUGUUGACUGUGGUCAGCCUGAGGAGAUGGACAACGGUGCCUUUACAUACCUUACGGGCCCUGAGAAGACCACCUACAAUGCUGAAAUUCAGUACCACUGUGAAACCCCCUUCUACAUCAUGAAGGCUAACAGUAACGAUGCAGGUAAAUAUAUAUGCAGUGACGACGGAUUCUGGAAGAACUCCAAAGGAGAAAUAACACUGCCUGUCUGUGAACCAGUUUGUGGAAUGCGGAGAAGUGGAACUCUGGAACGCAUAUAUGGAGGAAGGAGAGCCAAGCCUGGAGAAUUUCCCUGGCAAGUGAUGUUAAUUACUGAGCAUGGAGGUUUAGGAGGUGGUUCGCUUCUGUAUGACAGCUGGGUUUUAACAGCUGCUCAUGUUGUAGUUGGGCAGAGAAACCCCUCAACUUUGAGGAUUAAACUGGGGAUAUUGAACAAACGUUCAGAUCACUAUGAAGAAACCUGGGCAGAAAAAAUUUUUAUUCACGAAGGUUACAAAAAUGAUCCUGUUGAUUUUGACAAUGAUAUUGCAUUGAUUAAACUGAAACAUAAAGUCCCAAUCAGUACCAAUAUUACACCCAUUUGUUUACCAGGAAAAGAAGAGAGAUUUCAAAUGAAAGCAAAUUACAUGGUAGCUGUAUCAGGCUGGGGAAGGACUGAGACUAGGAGUUCUUCCGUUGCACUGCUGUACACCGAGUUGAUAGUUAUCAGUCAGAAAGAGUGUACAGAUGCAUAUGCAAAUAAAUCAUUUAAUGGAAAACCUCUUGUGGUAACAGAAAACAUGCUGUGUGCUGGAGCUGAGGGAGGGGGCAGAGAUGCAUGUAGUGGGGACAGUGGAGGACCACUGGUGUUCUUAGAUGCUCAGACCAAAAAAUGGUUUGUUGUUGGCAUUGUGUCCUGGGCUUUAGACUGUGCUGUUUCAGGGCAGUAUGGGGUCUAUACAAGAGUAACCAAUUACAUCCCUUGGAUUGAAAGCACUAUUUCAAAUAGUUCUUAG